AUGGCGGAGCGCGGAAGGAAGCGGGCGAGGCCACCCGGGGACAGCGUGCUGCGCCUGGUUUCGCCGAAGGCCAAAGCGCUGGACCCCGGCUUGGAUCCCCAGGAGUUGGUGCGCAGGAUCUUGUGCCCCAUACCCCUGGACACUUUCCUGUCGGAGUGCUGGGCGGAGAAAGUGGUGGCAGUGCAGGGCCCGGCGCGGCGCGUGGCGCCUUUAUGCCGAGCCUGCGGCGGGCUGCAGCUGGAGGAGAUGCUAGAGCUGACGCCCAGCGAACAGGUGCAUGCUUGGCUGAAAGGCGAGCAGGGUACUGUCCGCUCGGUGUCCGUGGACGCUGCGGCAGCCAUGGGCCUGGCAGAAGCCAAGGCGGCGCUCUACUUCCGAGCGCCGGAAGCCUUGGAGGACCUACUGGUGCCAGGCCUAUGCCAAGGCCUGGGCGCAGCUUUUGCUGGGAUGUACCCAGGCGACGGCCGGCCCCGCGGGGAGAUUGAGACCUUUGUGUCGCAGGGCGGGCACGUCACAGGAUGGCACACGGACUUUCAGCACAACUUCACCUUUCAGCUCAGGGGCGCCAAGCGAUGGCGCUUCAAGCCGGGCCCGGUGAGGAAUAAUGUGCGCGCCUUGACGCCGCACUUCCAGACAAGGUCCAACUUUGAGCAGCAGAUGAAGCUCCACGCGAUCAGCGAUCCAUCCAUGCCGGACUUCAAGCCGCCGGAUGAGUUCUUUCAAGACGCGGAGGUGGUCGAAAUCCAUGCUGGGGAUGUGCUAUAUCACCCAGCCGGAGUUUGGCACCAAGUGGAGAGCGCUGGAGAAGGCGAAAGCAUCUCCAUCAACGUCUCACUGUCGUGUGCUACCUGGGCAGAGAUGGUGGGGGACGCAGUGCGGCAGGCGCUGUGGCGCUCAGAACCGCUGCGCUCGCCCCUCGUGGGCCUCGCCGGGCGCGAGCUCGCAGACGUGCGCCGCGAGGUGGAAGUGCAGCUCCGAGAGGCGAAGAAGAGGAUCAACGCGCUCACGGCGGAGGAUCUGCUGGCGCCAGUGAUGCUGGACAGGCCCCCGGAGCACAUCCACCUGGGCCGGUCCUCGCUGGGGAAAAGCUUCAAAGUGUCUCAAAGCAGCCGCUUCCGCUUCUCCCGCUUGGCGGCGCUGGUGGAACUGCCUGAGGAUGCCUCCGAGGUAGACAUGGGUCUGGGCAAGCAGAGGCUUCUGCUACAAGAACUGCGUACCUUGAAAGGACAUAUUUACCGGUGA